CGCUCUUCUCUCUCUCUCUCUCCCCCAUCUCUCUCCUUCCUGCAGAUUUCUCGUCUCGUUCCACAAUCUGCUUUCUUCCUUCCUUUCUUUCUGUGGCCGUGGCUUUCAUUUCUCUCUCCUUCUCCUCCCAAAUCGAUUGAAAUCCUCUUUCUCUGCCACACUUUCGUCUUCUAGUUGUGUUUUCGUCAAUCUCUGUGUGUUUUGGGCGCACAACAAUGGUAGAUCUUCAAACUGUUUGCUGCAUGUGCGGUGACGUCGGCUUCCCUGACAAGCUUUUCCGAUGCAGAAAAUGCCGACAUCGCUUUCAACACUCGUAUUGUAGUAACUACUACGGCGAUUUACCUGAGAUCGAACUGUGCGAUUGGUGCCAGAGCGAGGAGAAGAACACCAGACAUAGUAAGAAGCCGGCGGCCGCCGCCGCCGCCGCCGGGAGCAUCGAUGUUGGUUCCACCAACCGGUCGGAAUAUUCCGGCAGCGAGAGAAUCAAGCAGCAGCAUCAUGAUCGCGAAGAGGGCGGAUGCUCCGAUAAAGGCAAGAGCCCGACUCCAUCGCCCCGACCCACCACCCGCAGGUACAAGCUUCUCAAGGAUGUUAUGUGUUAGAAAAAGAUCAGGGAGAAAGAUGAAAACUGAAAGGAACCAAAAUCAAGGAGAUGAAGAAGAAGAAAACUAAUAUAUAGGCGACUUUUUAAUCUCUGCAAAUGUGAUGUUUAGCUUUGUUAAUAUAGUUAGCUUAAUUACCAAGAGUGUGUCUGUGUGUGUGUGUGUGUAUUAUGAAUGUUAUUAGUUACUUGUCUUUGUUUUUGAGUGGCUUUAUCAGUAAUAAAAAACUGUGACUUUUUUCCA